AUGGCUGUUAGAAAUGCUUUCCAUAACGCUCAUGAUAAUGGUGAUAACACUGACGAUAAUGAAAAAUCACUGAAAGAAUUCGACAACUGGCUGUCAAACCCUUCAUCUGCCUAUUCCACAAUUCAUCCUAGAAGAAAUUUCUUGAAAUUUGCUACAAAUUUAAAAUCAGGCCAACGUGGUCUAAUUGCUUGUUGUAAUAUCAAUGCUAAUCAGUGUAUUUACUCUAUCCCACUGAAGGAUCUACGUUAUAUUCUCACUCCAUUAAGAUGCACUUUUCUUCUGAAUACAUGUCAAUGUUUUCUUACGAAAGAGUUUAAACACGACUACAAAAUCCAGUUAAAUUCAUUUGAUAUUCUUGUCACAUUUAUCUAUCAUUGUAAGUAUUCAAGUAGUGCGCAAAGAGAUUGUUUUAUACAGAAUAUUUGGUCACCGUAUAUCAAUGUUCUACCAAAUCGUCAUCCUAAUCCUGUAUCAUAUAUUCUAUCGUCUACUGAUUAUAAUAACAGUGGUAUAUCCACUGAGACUUGCACAGCAAACUCUUAG